AUGAUUCCUUACUACCUGUACCCCGAGGCUGGAAAAUGGGAGCCUCUGGAGAACCUGCACAGGGUCACCUCCAACCCCGACGUCAAGUUCACCGUCAUCGUCAACCCCGAUAACGGCCCCAGCGGCUCGACCACUCUUCAGGACAAGAACUUCCUCACCCAAGUCCCCAAGUUGGCGGCUCACAGCAACGUGCGCCUGAUCGGAUACGUGGCGACUGGCUGGGGAGACCGUUCCAUCUCCGAGGUUGAGGCCGACAUCAAACAAUACGCCGACUGGCCCUCUGCCAGCGGCAACUCGGCCUUCGCCGUUCAAGGCAUCUUCCUGGACGAGGGAGCAACCGCGUACAGCGAGGCUACCGUCUCUUUCUACGAGCAGGCGGCCGCUCUGAUCAAGCAAAGCUCGGGUCUUGGUCCAGAGAACUACGUCGUCGCCAACCCCGGAACCCCUCCCGACGCUGCCUAUCUCAAGAUGGUCGAUUCGUCGGUCAUCUUCGAGUCUCCCUACGCCGAAUUCGAGAAGGCCCUGUCUGGCAGCACCUUCUCCAGCCUCACGGACGCCACCGGUGUCGACCGCGCUUCUAUGGUGUAUAACGUUCCGCAGAACGUGGAUCUGUCUUCCGUUCUGGAGAAGGUCAAGGGCAUCUCCAACCAGGUCUACAUUUCCAACGUCGACAACUACGCGACCUACGAUCCCGCUUGGGAUAAGGUGGCCCAGCUGCUGGUUGCCAACUAG